GGCAGUGUGCUUCUUGCGGUCAGGAUUGUAACCCUCCAGGAAAACAGCGAAGAAGAAGGAGCAGCUUUCCUCAGCUAGCAGUUUGCUCGGUGAAGUAAACAUGACGCUCUUGACAACCAUAAUGUUCCCAGGGCAGCUGUAUUAAAAGUUAUUCGCUAAAUACAACAACAGAGACCGGAUACUAUUAUCAACAAGAGAAGUGUUAAACUGUGAGUAGAUUUUGUAUGAGUUAGUAUCUGGUGCGUGCUAACUGUGGUUUGCUACGUAGCGUUUAAUAGUAUUAGGUAACCUACGUUAGCCAGGUAAACAGCUAAUGUUAGGGGCGUGAACUGCCAACAUCGCUGCCACUACCACACAACAGAUAUUAUUAGUCUUUUUAGUCACUCUUUAGAUAUGUUUGUUGUUGGGUUUAUUUGCUGAAGUUAUAGCACUCUUUCAAAAGACAACCCUUGUUACAUUGUGUACCGUAAUUUUUGGUAGUGUGGAGACUUAGCCUUGCUUGAGAACAAAUUCAGCUAUAGGCUAGCUGAUCUAUUUUAUCCCGUUGAUAUGUCAAAUCAAAGCAGAUAUAAGUAAAUAUUUCUGUUGAUUUUUAGUUGGUCGUUAAGAUUAAAGGGCCAACGACGCUUAAGAAAUCCGCCUCUCACAGUCUGGUGAUCUCUGGCUAACCCAUCUUUACUCUUACAGGUUUUGUUGAACUCUACAUUUAACAAGUUGAGGAGUGUGCUAUCCGAACUGCAAUGCCUCUGAUGUUUUUGGAGAGGUUUCCUUGGCCCAGCCUGCAGACCUACACAGCUCUGAGUGUGGCUUUGCUCGCCGGGAGCAUCUUCAGUGCCUACACCACGGUGACAGACCCGGGGUUUGGGGCCCUGGAAACCGAUGAAACACCAACCCCUACUGAUGUAGAUCUUGAAAAUCUAAACAAUGAAAUUAGUAACACAGAACUGGCGACCACUGUCCUGUGGUAUCUUGUCACUGACAGUCUGUUUGUAUGGGUGAGUGUCAGCAAAGUUCAGAGUAACAUAGGGCUGGGCGAUAUGGGAAAAGUUUAUCACGAUAUAUUGUCAUAACAGCCAAUAUCGAUAUAUAUCACGAUAUAAAAAUGAAAUUAAACAGUGCUUAUUUGUAGCAUGUCUUUUGCAAUACAAUAAGCUACUGCAUCUGUGAGGUCUUUGUGUCUCUUUGAGAAAGCGGACUGAAUGAAAUUUAACGAGUACAUGUUCUCGACAUAAUUUGCAGUGCACAUUACUCUGCUUCAUGUCCGACCUCAAAAAAACCAAAAUACCUCCACACCACCGACGUUUUCAUACCAGCGUGUUCGACGAUAACAUCAUCUGUUGAGCCUUCAUCUGCAUUUCUGCCGGGGGUAACACUCAUUUGACAGUGCUGUCAGCUUCACGUGUUUAAGUGCUAUGGUUGCGUGUAUCUGCAGUCUUCUACUAUGCAGUUGUUUGCUACUUGGUUCUAAUUCAGCACAUGAUUGGUUCAGCGUGAAGUGAACCUGGAGCAACUCCCAUUUUCAGUGGCUAUUCGUAUAGUCCAGUGGCUCUCAAGUCCAGUCCUCGAGGCCCACUGUCCUGCAUGUUUUGGAUGUUUCCCUGCUCCAACACACCUGAUUCAAAUGAUCAGCGUGUUAUCAAGCUCUGUAAUGGCUUAAUAACGAGCUGAUCAUUUGAAUCAGGUGUGUUGGAGCAGGGAAACAUCCAAAACAUGCAGGACAGUGGGCCUCGAGGACCGGACUUGACAACCACUGGUAUAGUCCAACAAAACAUGGCAGAAUAGCGACUAGCAUUUUGACCAUGUUUUAUAUUAAUAUUGAGGGAAAUUUAUUUUCAAUAUAUAUCGUUAUCGUUUUAUCGCCCAGCCCUAGAGUAACAUUACUUGCUACUGUGAUGUUUCUUUGAGAACGAAUUGUCAUUUUACUGUCUCUACUCCUCUAGGUCUUAGUCAACACUUUCUGCUGCUCUUUGAUGCUUAUAGCUAAAAUGAUCCAGUAUGUGGUGUUUGGCCCUCUGAGAGUCAGCGAGAAGCAGGUGAGUCUUUAUUUACCUAUUCUUAAAGUGAAGAAUACUGUGACUGUACACCUGGAGUUAUUUACCUCUCAUUUUGCAUCUGCUUGUGUUGUGUUUACUCCCUAGCAUCUUAAGGAUAAGUUUUGGAACUUCAUUUUCUACAAGUUUAUUUUCAUCUUUGGAGUACUAAAUGUGCAAACAGUGGAGGAGGUGGUCAUGUGGUGUUUGUGGUUCUCUGCCCUGGUCUUUCUCCACCUCAUGGUACAGCUCUGCAAAGAUCGAUUUGAAUAUGUAAGUAUCAAGGGGAAAAAUACACCCUUUUUUUUCCUACCUCCUGAGCACCCUGAAGCAAGAUUCAGAGCUAGAGUGUGUAGGCAGAGCCACAUAAGGGUUUAGAAUGAUAAAGAUCUUUGACUUUGUGAAUCUUUCUUGGUUUGUGCAAUCCUAUCACAAUUUUCCUAUUGAAUCUCAGUGAAAACAGCUCCAUCAUCUUAUCAUCUUUUAGCUGAUGUUCAAUCCAACCAUUAGAUGACAACACAAGUUUGUUGCCCAACAGUGAGCAUGUGUCAUAUUUUGAACGAUCAAUACCAGCAUAUCAGAAAUGGGCCCUAAAUAUGUUCUUUUUUUUCUAAGAGGAUGUUUAAGUGUUCCCUUAAGUCUGAGUGCUACUUUACUCUUUUUGGUUCUGGCCCUAUUAAUAGUUCCUUGUACUGGCUAGUUAGGCCACUGAUACGGUUUCAGCCGCAACAUUGACAUGACCCCGUCCCAGAUAGUGCUCUGCCUGUUGGGGUAAACAGAAUAUCAGAUUUAAACAGCUCCAUGUAAGCAAUGAAAUUUAAAACGGGCAUUAAGUUGGUAUGUUGCCCUUGUUGUAAUGUAGACUAGUUAAGUGUUCCAGAGGGUCAUUAGUGCAAACAGCGCUUAGUGUGACUGUCCUACACUGUAAGGGGCUUUGUUUUAGUGUGUUAAACUGUUUGCUGCAUAUCCUUAUUUUGAGACUUUGUUCUAGUGUAAAGUCUGUCAGUUUGUUAAACCCAGCUGUCUUCCUUCCUGUCCCCCUUUUCUGUGGGUUCUAGCUUUUAGGUUAAGAACAUACAUAUGACGGGAAAACUUGUAAAGAUGAUACUGUAGGUUAAUAACAUGUUGGUGCCCAGGAAAUCUUGUGGUUGUAGAGUUUGAGUAAAAUCCGUCUCAUUUCCUUUGCUAAACUGCUUCUUUAUCGGCAAUGAUGUCCUAGUUUUUCUCUUUUACACUAAAGACAGAGUUGGCGUUCAGUUAAUUACAUAGUUUAUUGUUAAACAGAUGUUGUAGAGGCUGUAUGUGCAGAUUAGUCUGGUAGCUGUAGUGUUAGUUGGGAAGGAAAAGUGUCAUUUGGAUUUUAUUAUUCAUUACAACAGAUAGAAUGUAUUUUAACUCCUCUACUGAUCCAAAUGCAAAAAAAAUCAGCUGCCCAAGUAUACUUACUAUUUUUAUUUUUUCAAUCAGUACUAUAUUGCCAGUAGACAAUCCCCCUCACCCUCUGCCUCUUGAAUCUGAUAACCUGCCUUACAUGUGCUCUGCAGAGAGGGAGAUUUUACUGUCAUCCAGCUGGUUAUUGCUGAUGUCACCCUGUCCUCAAAAAUUUGUAUUACUGUGAUAUGCUACAUCGUUGUAUUAUUGACAAAUACUGUACACACAAGGAUUAUGACAAGCGCUCUACUCCUUUUAGAAAGUGUGUAGCAUUUUUCGAGGUCAAAACAGUAUUUUUUCCAAUAAGGUGACAUCCACAUUGUCGAUCUUCCUAUCCACAAUCGUCACUUUAGAUAUUCACCACAAUAACUUAGUUCUGCCUAUCCAGAAAUGUAGAUACCUGUGAUAGAAUUCCCCUAAGAAAAAUCUUAUUUUUCAGAUACCACUGAUCCAUUCUUGGUUGCCAAUCAUAAUUUUAAUCAUAAAAUGUUAUUGUAGAUGUUUUGAAAAUUAGUUUUUUGGGGGGAUUUUCUGUCGGUCUUCAUUUCUCUGAAACUUUGAAUGCUGUAUUGAACUUCAGAGUGUUCUAUGUACUUCAGAGUUAUAUGUACUAUAAAAUGAGCAUUUACACAAAGAUUCCUUCUGUAACCUUACCUUUCUACAAAUAAAACAAAAUACAUAACCCUCUGAUGAUGCACAUUUUAUUCCCCACAGCUGUCUUUUUCGCCCUCCACUCCAAUGAACAGCCAUGUGCGAGUGCUUUGUCUGCUGGUCUCCCUGCUUUUGGAUUGCUGUGGCCUGGCUGUGGUCUGCGGUCUGCUGGGAGCUUCCCAUGGCAUGCACACUCUCUCCUUUAUGGCGGCAGAGGUGAGAACCUGUAGCCACAGCCUUGUUAAAAUGCAGGCCAGCAGUUCGAAUAAAGCCUUUUGUUAUUUUUGAUUGACAUACGCUCACUAGCCACUUCAUCAGGUGCACCCAGCUUGUACAAGGUUAGACCUCUCCGGCCUAAGGACUGCAUUGAUUCUUUGUGGCAUAGAUUAUACAAGAUACUGGAAACCUGCCUCAGAGAUUUUGAUCCAUAUUGACAUGAUAGUAUUACACAGUUGUGGCGGAUUUGUCGACUAUACAUCCAUGAUGUAAAUCAGCUGUCCUAUCACAUCCAAUAGUGCUCUACUGGAUUAAGAUCUGGAGAAUGUAAAGGAUAGGUACAGUGUAGUAGAGGUCACAAAGGGUCUGCCAUAUUACCCAGGUAGGCCGUGAGGUUUAAUAGAUCUUCAUUUAGCACUAAGAGGCCCACACCUUUACACCACCACAACAAGCCUGAACUGCUGAUACAAGGCAAAAGGGAGCCAUGCUUUCAUGUUGUUUUCUGACUCUACCAUCUUGAUGUUUCUCAGUGCAUAAAUCAAAGCUCCGGCCAUGUAACAUUUUUGCAGUCCUCUGUGUAAUUUGUAGCCUCUGUUUCCUGUUUACUGUCAACCGUAAUGCUGCAAUGCAGAUUUGCUCUUCUGCAAAUUAUUUAUUAUUGUUUGGAUACAUUAAUGAUUAUUAUAGUUACUGGAGUAACUGCUGCUUUAUUGUCUGCUUAAACCAGUCUGGUUAUUCUCCACUAUCCUCUGCUGUUGGCAAGGAAUUUCAUGCCCAGAGAACGCUGCUCACUGGAGAUUUCCUUUUUUUUGGACUGUUUUCUUCAAACUCUAGUGAUGGUUGAUUGGGCAAUCCCAGAUGAUCAACAAUUCUGAAAUACAGCAACCAAUAACACUUUGGAAAUCACAUAGUCAUCUCCCUUUCCCAUUUUUAUUCAAGAGUUAAACUGAAGAUUGUCUUGACCAUGACUAUGUGCCAAAAUUUUAAAAACGGAAUACAUGAGUAAUAUCAUUUCCCCUGGUCUGUUUCUCUUCAGUGUCUGCUGGUAACCGUGCGCACCGGGCAUGUCAUCAUGCGGUAAGUCCCCAUAAAGCCUCCCCACACUCAUGCACAGUCUGCAGCAGUCUGGAUGACAUUGCUAUUUCAGAUUUAGACUCAGGGGCUAUGGUUAAAUUAGCACUCGUAUGAAAGGCUUCUUUGUCUCAAGAAGGGUGGGUAUAAUUACACAAGUAGUGGAAAAGCUCUUGUAAGAUACAGCUUUAGCCAUGAACUUCAACUCUUAACCGUUGUGCUUAAAAGUGUAUCAAAGUUAACUUGUCCUCUGUAUUUUAGUGAAUUGUCCUCCGCAUGACUGUUUUUUCUCCUUUUAAUGACUUUAUUUUGAAUCAAGCACAUUUGCGGAAAGAUACCACACAUGGAUUUUGUCACUUAUCAAAAAUCUCUAAUGUUUCACAAAAAAAAUGCAGCUACAUCAUCAUCUUUAUCUCUUAAGCGUUAACCUGGAGUUUUAUGGGCUGCUAUGCUCUUUCUCUCUUAGCUACUCCAUACAUCUUUGGGAUCUGAACCAUCCAGGGACUUGGGAGAGUAAGGGAACAUAUGUCUACUACACAGACUUCAUCAUGGAGCUGGCUAUGCUCUUCCUGGACCUCAUGCACCACAUCCAUAUGCUGGUAAGACACACGGGAUGCAAGAGUAUGUAAUGUGUCUGUGUUUUUACUCACCCGAUCUUGAAUUUUCCCUCUCCAUGUGUGUCUCAUAAGCUCUUUGGCAACAUUUGGCUGUCCAUGGCAAGCUUAGUCAUCUUCAUGCAGCUGCGGUAUCUCUUCCAUGAGGUCCAGCGUCGUGUACGCAGACACAAGAACUACCUCCGGGUCAUCAACAACAUGGAGGCCAGGUGAUGAAAUAUCCUAAUUUGUUUAUUUUUCUCCUGACCUCAUGGUUUUUUCAUAGGCUUUAUUUACCAUCAAUUUUGGACUAUUUCCAUAUUACUAAUUUGAGGCACUGUGAUGAAUUUUUAGCUGGUUGAGAAACAGACCAAAACUGAUAAUGAUGCCUCUGUAGGACCAUUAAAAGUACAUGAUACCAUCCUCAAGAGAGCUUAUAGUAAAUCUGCGGUAAUGCUUAAAAACCAUCAUGAGGGGCUAGGAACAGUAAAAACAGCCUAUUCUGACUUUUUCUGUUCAAAUACUCUCUGUGGUUGAUAUAACUCUCUCUUAAAAGACAACAGAAUGAUCCUUUUUUCUGAUUACACUGCUGUCACAUGUAUACAACCCCUGGCAAAAAUGAUGGAAUCACCAAUCACCAGAGGAUGUUCAUUCACCAACAUUGCGUUGCCAUUGUCAACACAAACCAAAAGUUCCUCAUUGCAGCUUUGAUUUUCCUUUCUUUUUUUAACACUGUACAGAUUUGCUGUUGCUACAGCAGAGGAGCUGGCAGCCAAUGAUGAUGACUGUGCCAUCUGCUGGGACACCAUGUUGACAGCACGCAAAUUACCGUGCGGCCAUCUUUUCCACAAGUAAGGUGUUUUAUCAUUCAACAGAUUACAUUACUCCAGACAUUACUGGUGCCAUAUUAGGCGUUUUCUUUAACUUUCUUUAGACAAUAGGUCAUGUUACUCUGUAUGUUUUAUUUGACUUAAAGCACUUAAUGUAUGAGCUAUUUUACCCAUGUUGUUUUGUGGGUUUGUUUUGUCACUUGCACAAUCACCACUAGGGGCACUUACGGUCAGUGGGUAGGUAAAUGCUGCAAAAAGUACACAGGAGAAGCAGUGAUCUUGGGUGGACACGGUUUUUACCGCGAAUCUUAGACACUACUCCUGCCUUCAUCCCGUAUAUCACCAUUACAGUAAAUUGUAUGUACCUGUUGUUAUUUUGUUUUCCUUUGGAUCAAUAAAUGGCAAAGAAAAAAACAAUAACCUCGGAUUGGACAUGUGGACUCUUAGAAGCACAUCAGACAGUGACUGAAAAUCAGGUUAGAAUAGUCACUCCACUUGGGUUGGGACUUGGCUUAAGGAGUGUACUGAGUGGAGCAAAAGGUUCAUGGAAGAAGGUUUGUGAGUUGGGGGCAGACAGUUUUGGUCUGUUGGAUUGCUGCAUUAUUGUAUCCUAAGUUUGUCGUAUGUCUUAUUUCAGACAGCUCAGUGGAAUCUUAUGUAUGGAUCACACAAUGUUUAUUUGUCCAGGUCAAGGACUCGAAACAUGUCCCCAGAUUUACCCUUGCAUGAGUUUGUUUCCCAGUCGAUGUCCUUUGUGUCCACACACAGCCGAAUAACAGUUUUUUUUCUUCCAAAAGAAUAAAAGAAUUCAGGAAUAGUUGGUCCUUUGGUGCAAUAUCCUUAUUUAGACAGUGCCUAAAGACUUAUGUAUUAUAUGUGGCAGCAGAACUUAGUUUGACAUUUAACAACUUCCUUUGAGUUAAAGCAGAACAAUCAGAGAUGUACCAUGAUGACAUUUGUAAAUGGUGUGAUUUUGUGUGUUUUUAGCUCCUGUUUGCGCUCAUGGCUGGAGCAGGACACAUCAUGUCCAACAUGUAGGAAAUCACUGAACAUUAGUGGGGAUGGAGCCCAAGCAAGAGGCCAGGAGCAAGGCAGGGAAGAAAACAUCGGCGCAGCCGGAGCUGCUCCAGAUGCAAGGCCUCAUAUCAACCAACACAAUCACUUCUUCCACUUUGAUGGUACGUCUGAAAGUCUGCCACAUCACUGAGGAGUAAAAUCACAUUAGACAGGCUUGGUGAGCAGUAAAUGAUGAAAUCUGUACAUUUUACUGCAGGAUCCCGCAUUGCCAGCUGGCUGCCUAGUUUCUCAGUGGAAGUGAUGCACACCACCAACAUCUUGGGAAUUGCACAAGCUAACAACUCCCAGCUCAUGGCCAUGGUAAGUCCUGCUUCAUUCUGAUGUUAACUACAUUAGGGUUGUGGCAGUCUCUUUCAAUUUGACUUGCAUGAAACCACAUGUUGCAGCUCUCAGUGGGCUGCACCCACCAUUCCCCAUUUUCCUGAAGAUCCAGUCUUGCCUUAGUUGUGCAUAAUGGCAAGACAAGUCACUGGUUUUGCUCUAGGGCUGUAAGAUGGAUACUGAUACACUGGAUUGCUGCAGUGUUAUCUUUUUGCACUGUGAUCUAAUAAAGUAGAAACUCCUACAGGUUAAUAAUAGAUGCACAGGAUAUUAAAGCAUUCAGAGAUUCCCCUGACAGCCUUAGUCCUUACAAUUUUUCUAUUUCUCUUUUUGUUCUUGGUCAUCUCUUGCUCUUUGGUCAUCAGGCCCAUCAGAUUCAAGAGAUGUUCCCUCAGGUGCCCUCCUACUUGGUAAUGCAGGACCUGCAGCUGACCCGCUCAGUUGAGGUCACCACUGACAACAUCCUAGAAGGACGCAUUCAGGUGCCCUUCCCCACGCAGGUAUGUACUCUAACUUGGGGGCUUACAGCACCUUCAAAAACUUUGUUUUGACUGAACAAUGAUUAUCCUCUUAAUCUUUUUGAUCUUUUUACAUAUAAUGUUUUUGUUCUUCCCAAGGCAAUCGAACGUGCCCCUCUACAAGUGAGCCCUGCGCCAGAUGAGCAGCCAGGGCCAAGUGGGGCAGAUGAGCAGAGCCUCAGUGAGCUGGACAACAUGGAGGUCAGAGGAGGGCGCUUCUCUAAGUCUGCCGAGGAGAGACAAAAAAUGUUGAAACAGAGAAAAGAAGAAAUGCUGCUGCAGGCACGCAGGUUUGUCCCCUGCUGUUGGAGUGUUCUGUCUCGUAGGCAGUUGUGUUAAGCUUGAUUUAUUUUGAAAAGAAAUUAGAUUGAGAAUAAUUUUUCAUAAAAGCAAAAUUCUAUAGACUUGAAGUGUGACCCUCCUGGUUUGAUUUUAGACCAUAGCUUGGCUUUGUAUAAAAAUGGAGCCCUUCCACGCAGUUAUCUUUUUUGAAUCAAAGCUGGACAAAUAUAAUGUUUGAAGGCCUUGUGUGCUUGAUUGCUAAACCAGCUCCAAGACUGUCAUAAAUAUCAAGACUUGAAUUACAUCACUUUUUUUGGGGCAUUUUAUGAAUUUAGUAAAAUUUCCUUGUUGCCUUAUUUUUCCCAUUGUCUUUGCAUUGUCUGUAGCCAUGAUCGUAUGUUGUUUAUCAUGUCCUGUAGGAAAUAUCUGAACAAGAGUCCAGAGGACCAGGAUGAGGAUUUGCCUGGACUUGAGGAGGACAAUGUUCCUGAAUUGGACUCUUCUAUGUUGAGACGUAGAACCAUGGCAGCAGCUGCAGAGAGACGCAUGCAGAACCAACAAGACCCAGCACCCUGAGACACAGAUGGGCUUCAGCAAGAGUCAUUAUGCCAAGAGGCACCAACAGAGCUAUUUGCCCAAACCCCCUUCUUCCAUUUGGUGUACAGUCAGUGGUCAUCAACUCUUCAAAACAAUAUUAAAAUGCAUAGCAAACAUGGCCUUUGGACUGUUUUGGGCUGCCUAAAUAAAGUGGGACAACUACCAAUGGUAUUGGUAAUGGAGUAUUUGGAACAUUAUAUAAUUUGUUGGCUGCAAGUCAAGCAGUGCAAGGUUGCAGUACCCUUUUUGUUCAUGUGCCACACAUUGCAACCACCAGCUUCAGUGGGGGGUCAGUAUCUGCCAUUACCGGAACUGGCUUUGAAAAAGCAUGCUUUGCAUCCAGAGUCAUCUUUUAUGUGAGGGGUUUUGAAAGGUUGAAUAUUAGGUAAAACUUUGGGUCCUUUUUGUUUUCCUUUUAUCAAGAUGUUUUUCUCUCAUUUGUGUUUGUCAUGAUGGAAAGCUACAUAUUUUGGAUGAAGAAACUCAUCUGGUGUAUCUGUGUGUUAUUAUUCUCUGAGUUUUAACUGUGAAGUAAGUGUAGGCAAAAAUACAACAGGUUUUAUUUCUUACCUUGGAGUAAGAGAAUGUCACUUUAGUAUUGUUCAGCCUUUCUGUCAAAUAUGAAUGUGUCUAUCAAAGCAAUGCUGCAAACAAAGUGUUUUUGACCCACAUGGGUUGUUCUGUAUUUAGCGUGUUAUAUCACCCACUGUAAACAGUUUGCAUUUUGUUUUUUUAGCAAGAGGGGAAGAGUGCAUGUCAAGCUUUUUUUUCUUAUACUGCUCCCUUGAGAUGCACAUGAAACAAAGGGUAGGGAUUACAUUUUAUACAGUUACAAUCAGGUAUCAUCCUCUCUCUCGGCCUUUCUUAAACUGCCCUUUUUUAUGAGCAUAUUGAAGCGAUCAAGAGUACUAUUUUUUAUUUUUUCCACAAACAACGAACUCCAUGGUUUGUGUUAUCCCUGUCCAUCAUAUUUCUCUUAUUUUGCUCUCUCACAUUGAGGACUACUAAUUUAAAGAUGAUAAGAGAUGGAAUAAUCACCCAAUGUCCGAAUAUCUUAUAUGAAGUUUUUAAACCAUUGUUAAACGUGGACUGGAUCCCAAAUUUCACUGAAUCUGCACCCAUAAGUUGAGACAUAUCUACUGAUACAAAAUAUGGAGACUAUAUAAGAGAUUGUUGCAUUACUUGUCCUUCAAUGCAAGGACAAUAUGGGUGAGAUAUGCAUGUAUCUAGACAAGUGCUUUUGAUUCCUCUAUCCCAAAGAGAAGCCCACAAACUUCCACGAAAAGCUGAGGUUUUUUGAUCUUAACCAUGUGUUUAUUCAAUUGCUCAAACUCUUUUUGAUGAUGUUUGAAAAUGAUAGGACUUCGAUAGAAAAUUCUAUCUUGUCAUUAUACAAAAAAAAUAAUAGGACAACUCUAUUUUUCUUUAUAUUUUUCAUCAGUUAUUUAACAACUCGGCUUCCACGAUAAACUUUACUUUUCAUGGGUUCUCUUUCAUAACCAUCACUUAUUUAAUCAAAACUGAAUUUUUUUUUGACUUAGCUUUUCUGUAUUUUGUGCCUCAAUCAAGAAUGGUUCAGUUAUGGAUAAUUUCUGUAAAUCUAGAUUUUGUAAAAUAUGUUAAUAAAACCAACCCAAUAAACAGAGCUUCUACAGCUUUUUAACAAAA